AAAUUAAACAUAAAUAUGGCGGUAUUAUUUGUUAUUAUAACCUAAUAUAACAAUAAAUAAAUGCUCAAAUCCUUCAAAUUAAUUUUAUUAAAUAAAAAAAAAAAUCAUUGAUCAAGCCUAAAAGUCGAAGGGUUUAUAUCAAUAGCCAAGUACCACUUGAUUUUUAAUAAAAAAUGGAGCUAAUUUAUUGUUCAGUUUGUACAUUAACUUUUCCUGCUAAUAAUGUACGUAGUGUUCAUAAACACCUGAAUCGUAAUGGACAUUUAAAAAAAAUGACAGCUAAAAAUAUUACUGAUAUUCAACAAACAAUUCAUAAUAUUGAUGGAUAUUCAAUUACAGUAACAUCAUUACCAUAUUUUGUUGAUGAAGAAUUUAUAACAAAUUAUUUUCCUCAUAAAAAUCAAAUUAAAAGUGUUGAAUUUGCAAAUGCAUCUGCAAAAAUAAAUUUCAAUCAAAUAUCUUGUGUUGAAUUUUUACUACAAACAACAUCAGAAUAUUGUUGGAAUGGAAAAAAAUUUGUCUGGAAUGUAUCACCAGUAAUUUAUGGAAAAUACAUUGAUAAUUAUGUUAAAAAGCUAAAAAAGAUGAAAAUUAACAAUUCAACAUUAAAAGAUCCAAUUGCAUCACAGUCAAAUAUUAAAAAUAAAAAUAAAAUUCCAAAAACAGAUAAACAAAAGUUAAAAAAAGUAUCAGGUUCAACAUUUACAAAACAAUUGAAUAAUUUAUUACGUAUGAUUCAGCCAAAUGAAGAUUUGUUGUUUACGAGAAUCAACAUGAUACGUCAAGAUAUUGUUGAAAUUUUAAAACCAACAUAUUUAAUUAAUAACACAAAUGUUAUACCAUUUGGUUCAUCAGUAAGUGGUCUUGCAACCGUUGACAGUGACAUUGACAUAUCAUUAGAAAUCAAUGAAACAAAUAUUAAAUUAAUUGUUCAUAAAAUAAUUGAUUUACUUGAUGAUAAUCCUCAAAUUAUUGAUAGUAUAACUUCAAAUGCUGUUGCAAAAAUACCACUUAUUCAAUUUUAUCAUAUGCCAACAAAAUUAAAUGUUGACUUGUCGUUUAAUAAUAAUACUGAACGAGACAAUGCUAAUAUGAUAAAAUUUUGUGUUAGUCUAGACUCCAGAAUAAAAACUUUAUAUCUCAUUGUUAAAUAUUGGGGAAAAAAGCUAAAUUUAACUGGUAGUGUUAGUACUGUUGAUAGCUAUUUUGUUUUUAUGUUGGUUGUUUUUUAUCUUCAACAAGCUGCUGUAUCAUUGCUACCAAAUUUUACACAUAUUAAAAAUUUAUAUUCCACGUGGUCAUAUAAUCCACGUUUUGUUGAAACAAGUGAAAAUUGUCAAAUGAAAAUGAUUGAUUUAAUGACUGGAUUUUUUGAAUAUUAUUCGAAAUUUAAAUUUUCAACAUAUGUCAUUUGUCCAAACAAUGCAAGUGCUGUACGUAGACGACAAUUCAGUACUGAUAAUGCGGAAUUGCAAAAUAAACUAGAAUCAAAUACAGCUUGUAUAUUGGAUCCACUACAAGCUGAUACAUUUAUCAAGUGUAAUUGGUCGAAAAAAAAAUUAAAAUCAUUUUCUGCUGCUUGUGAAGAAGCUUUCAAUAAAAUUCAACAAUCAAAGUCACCAGAAAAUGAUAAAUUUUUACAUUUUCGUAAAUUUUUUGUCAGAAAAUCUUAUGAUUCACUUAGAAGAACAAAAAAAUCUGAAAGUUAAUCCAGUAAAAACCAUAUUGCAUGUCAUGUUUUUUAUUCGUUUUUA